GGCCGGUGACAUGGGGGCGGACUGAAGCACCCGGGGCGGCCGAGCGCUCUCUCUAGAGCCGCGGGGCUCUCCUCCGCGGCUGCGGCCGCUGCGGGCGCCCGGCCCGGCGCGCUGUGCCCGGGGCGCCCGCGGGAGCCUCCGCUGCGCUUCUAUGCGCCUCUGCGGGCGCCGUGGGCCCGGGCCAUGGCGAUAGACCGGCGGCGCGAGGCAGCGGGCGGCGGGCCCGGGAGGCAGCCGCCCCCGGCCGAGGAGAACGGCUCCCUGCCGCCCGGGGACGCGGCGGCCUCGGCGCCCCUCGGGGUACGCGCGGGCCCCGGCGGCGGUGGCGGGGAGAUCCAGCCGCUGCCCGCCCCGCAUCCGGCCGCCGGCGGCCCGCACCCGGGCUGCAGCUCGGCGGCGGCGGCCCCGAGCCUCCUGUUGCUGGACUACGACGGGUCGGUGCUGCCCUUCCUCGGGGGCUUGGGCGGGGGCUACCAGAAGACCCUCGUGCUGCUCACCUGGAUCCCGGCGCUGUUCAUCGGCUUCAGCCAGUUCUCGGACUCUUUCCUCCUGGACCAGCCGAACUUCUGGUGCCGCGGGGCCGGCAAAGGCGCGGAGCUGGCGGGGGUCACCGCCACGGGCCGGUGGGACGCCGGCGACUUGGCCAACUGGACCAGCCCCCCGACCACCCCCUUCUCCACUGCCUCCUGGGGAGCCGCGGGCAACCUUAGCAACGGCAGCGGCGGGGACGGGGGUGACACGCCACCCCUGCCGUCCCCUCCGGACAAGGGGGACAACGCCUCCAACUGCGACUGCCACGCGUGGGACUACGGCAUCCGCACAGGCCUCGUCCAAAACGUGGUCACCAAGUGGGAUCUUGUGUGUGAUAAUGCCUGGAAGGUCCAUAUCGCUAAGUUCUCCUUACUGGUUGGAUUAAUCUUUGGCUACCUAAUAACUGGAUGCAUUGCUGACUGGGUCGGCCGGCGGCCUGUGCUGCUGUUUUCCAUCAUCUUCAUUCUGAUCUUUGGACUAACCGUGGCACUGUCCGUGAAUGUGACAAUGUUCAGCACCCUCAGGUUCUUUGAAGGAUUCUGCCUGGCUGGAAUAAUUCUUACCUUGUAUGCAUUACGCAUAGAGCUGUGCCCCCCCGGAAAACGGUUCAUGAUCACGAUGGUGGCGAGCUUCGUGGCCAUGGCGGGGCAGUUCCUCAUGCCCGGGCUGGCCGCCCUGUGCCGGGACUGGCAGGUCCUCCAGGCCCUCAUCAUCUGUCCCUUCCUGCUCAUGCUGCUCUAUUGGUCGGUCUUCCCCGAGUCCCUGCGGUGGCUGAUGGCUACCCAGCAGUUUGAGGCUGCCAAGAAGCUCAUCCUGCACUUCACGCAGAAGAACUGCAUGAACCCCGAGAGUGACAUCAAAGGUGUGAUGCCUGAGCUGGAGAAGGAGCUUUCCAGGAGGCCCAAGAAGGUCUGCAUCGUGAAAGUGGUGGGAACCCGGAACCUGUGGAAAAACAUUGUGGUCCUGUGUGUGAACUCGCUGACGGGCUACGGGAUCCACCACUGCUUUGCCCGGAGCAUGAUGGGCCACGAGGUGAAGGUGCCGCUCCUGGAGAAUUUCUAUGCCGACUACUACACCGUGGCCAGCAUCGCCCUGGCGUCCUGCCUGGCCAUGUGCUUGGUGGUCAGGCUCCUGGGGCGCAGGGGCGGGCUGCUGCUCUUCAUGAUUCUCACCGCCCUGGCCUCGCUUCUGCAGCUUGGGCUCCUCAACCUGAUUGGGAAGUACAGCCAGCAUCCAGACUCAGAGUUGCAGCUGAAGUUGGCCGUAGGUAUGAGUGAUAGUGUCAAGGACAAAUUCUCCAUCACGUUUUCCAUCGUGGGCAUGUUCGCCUCCCACGCGGUGGGAAGCCUCAGUGUAUUCUUCUGUGCCGAGAUCACCCCCACGGUAAUCAGGUGCGGCGGGCUGGGGCUGGUGCUGGCCAGCGCGGGCUUCGGCAUGCUGACGGCGCCCAUCAUCGACCUGCACAACCAAAAAGGCUACUUCCUGCACCACAUAAUUUUUGCCUGCUGCACGCUCAUCUGCAUCAUCUGCAUCCUCCUGCUGCCUGAAAGCAGGAACCAGAACCUGCCCGAGAACAUCUCUAACGGGGAGCACUACACUCGGCAGCCGCUCCUGCCCCACAAGAAGGGGGAGCAGCCCCUCCUGCUCACCAACGCCGAGCUCAAGGACUACUCCGGCCUCCACGAUGCGGCCACUGCAGGGGACGGGCUGCCUGAGAAUGCCACGGCCAAUGGCAUGAAGUCCAUGUAGCUCUGGGCACGGACUUCCCUAUAGGGGGCACCGUGGGCACCGGGGACUUGGGGGCUGUUUGGGCACAGGUUUACAGACCAGGGACCAAACACGUGGCUGGGGGGCAGGAAAAUCAGGUUCUGCUGCUGCUGCCGUGGAUCCCAAGACCGUCAGCUGGUGUGGGUAAAUUCUGUCUUUCCAGAACUUUAAGGAUCAUGUGUGUGAGGAAGCAAACUCUUUGAAAAUAACCCUUCAGACUUUCUUUUCUGCCAUGAAAUGUUUGUAUUUAUUUUGGUCAUUUUUACGAGAAGCACUUUAUUCCCUUUCCUCUAACUGAUCUCGAAACAGAACCACCUCCUUCGGAAGAGGGAUACGGUUGCCAAGGAGGACGUUGUAAGCAGCCAGCACAGCGGCCCUGGAGGUCACACCAUGCUCGCCCAGCACCCCACUGCGGAGCCAGGGGUCACUCAUUCUGGGCCCACGCCCCACAAGGCCGCCGGCCUAUGUGCGGACAGACUGACCAGUCACGGAGUGGCUCCAUGACUGCAUUGUAGACAGAGUGAAAUGUAAAUGAGUAGGCUUUUGCUAGAGAGUCUGUGUAUGGUUUUUAAAGGGUUUUUGUGUGUGUGUGUUUAUGAGGUAAGAGCUUCUGUUCCAUGUGCUGGGGGAAAGCAGCUCCCAAAUAUCAUUAAAACCAGCUUAGUCUUUCCUUCGA